AUGGGUUUGAAAGGAAAAUUGAUUGCUUCUGUUGAGGUGAAGUGUGGAGGCCAUCUGAUGUAUGAUCUUUUACACACUAAUUCUCAUCACAUAGCUAAUAUAAGUCAACAUGUUAACCGUUUUCAAAUUCAUGAAGGUGAAAACGUAAAAGUUGGUUCGAUUGUUAGCUGGAGUUAUAAUGAGGCUGGACAAAAGAAGUUUAUAAAGCAAGUUAUUGAAGCCAUCGAUCCGUACAAAAAAUCAAUUUGUUGGAAAGUCAUUGAAGGAGACGUGCUAGAGAUGUAUAGUUCAUUUACUAUUAUAACAUCUCAUGAACCUCAGUGGGCUAUAUGGACACUUGAUUAUGAAAAGAAAACUGAAGACAUUCCAGAGCCGCUCAGUUAUUUGGGUCAUAUCCUUGACGUAAUCAAGGAUAUGGAGGGUCACCUUCUCAACAAUUAG